GUCACGCACCUCAUGAAGCGGAUCCAGAGGGGCCCGGUGCGCGGCAUCUCCAUCAAGCUGCAGGAGGAGGAGCGGGAGCGCAGGGACAACUACGUGCCCGAGGUCUCGGCGCUGGACCAGGAGAUCAUCGAGGUGGACCCCGACACCAAGGACAUGCUGAAGCUCCUGGACUUCGGCAGCCUGUCCAACCUGCAGGUCACCCAGCCCACGGUGGGGAUGAACUUCAAAACGCCGCGGGGGGCCGUGUGACUUCUGCGCCUCGCGUUUCCAAUAAACUCUGGACAGCCGC